AAAGAAGAAGAAGGGGCCAGAACAGCAGCAUGAUGGGAUAUGAAAGUCCUCCGGCGGCGCGCUGCCGCCAUGUCACCUAGAGAGAAACAUUUAGCGCUUCUCUCUGCUUUAGGCAUAGUUAGUUUUGCUUUCUAUUAUGUCCCCACUUUUCUUUAUGCGACUUUAAUUAUUGCAGUUUGUUGUAUAGUGUGUUACUAUCACAGCGAAGAACCGCUUCCCGCCAGGCUAGGCCUGAAUCCGCGGGCUGGGCUUAACGUCCCACCCGUGCUCCGGCGGUGGUUGGUGGGUUGGGGGAUAACCGGCGUGUCGGUGGCCGCACGGGGGAAAUCCAAGAGUAGCAGAAACAAAACCCCUGGCCUCCGGGAGUCAGAGGGACACUUAAGAGAAAGGUUCGGUGAACCAGGUAUUUAUCGGAGGGAAACCUUGGAAACUGACUCCUUUCUUUUCAGCCCUCGGGAUUUCCUCAUGGGGAGUUACAUCGGCAAGCCCGAAAGUCCAACCGCCGACCCUGGGAGGCCGAGAGCAGGGAGAAAUCCCCGAGAGCAGCUGCGGGAAAAACUAUCCAGACCUAACCAUGCUGUCUAUACACCGAACAGGAGGCUGUCAUUUGCUGGGGAGCCACUGGGCACAGUGGGCAGGUUCACCAUCACCCCCCAGCGUCAUUACCCCCUACAACAGCCAGGUGCCUCAUCAGUGGGAGUUCUACCUCCUGUCAAUUGGGACGGCUUCAGGAAGAAAAAUGUCCUGAGUCCUCGCAACUCUCCGGCUGUCCUGAGCCCCGUCACUGUGAAGAUCGCUCGGCCUGACCACCACAACACGCCCAGUUUUGACCACUUCAGUGCUGCAGGGCAUCCUAGGGCCCCUGUAGACCCCUGCUCUAGGGAAAGUGUUCUCAAGGUUUUGAAGGAAAGCCGUAAAAGAGACGUGGAGGAUGAGGACAGAAGCUUCAUAACUGAGCAGAGAAGCAAAAGAAGGCGUAACGACAGUGGUGGGAGUGCACAUUCUGCUUUUGGGCCUCUUUUACCGAAUGGAACACCGUCACAGCUAGUCCCUAAGCCAGGAAGCCUGAAAAGAGGGAUGACCUCAUUAGUGGAGGAGUCUAUCAUGAAGAGGUCUCGCACAUCCUCCAUAAGUUCUGCCAGUGGUGCCCAUGCCCCAAGAGGAACUCCAGGGAGCACAAGAAACCCUAUCUACAGCUCCUACAGCUCUACGCUAGGAAUCAGCCAGUUGAAGAAACGGUCAGCAGCCAGCUCCCCUCUGUCCAGCCCUGGAUCAUCUCGUUCUCAGACUCCAGAAGGAGCCUCAAAAAGACUCAGAGAGGAUGACGGGCAGUCUCCCAGCUCAGCGUCCUCGGUGAGGUCGGACCAGGCAGCAUUUGAAAAGGCACCUGUUAGUUUCAAACUGAUGACAGUCCCCAAGGUCCCAGUCACUACUUCAACAGACUCCACUGGUAGUGGUGGGAAGAGGAAACGCAAGAUCCAGUUGGUGUCCAGCCACCGAGAUGACCAGAUCUCUCUGCCCCCACCUCCAGAGCUGGGCUACACUAUUACUGUGAAGGACCUGGAUGAAGAGAAAAAGGCUGCCAUCAGUAAGAUCCAAAAGGUCCUGGAGACACCUGCUCCAGAGCCAGAGAAGUCUGUCUCUCCCCCAGCCACCUUGUCCACCCAGCCUCCCUCCUCUACCGGAUCCACCACCACCCUGAGCAGCCUUCUAGCAGCCCCUCUGCCCACAUCCUCCAGCUCAGUUGUGCCAGUCAUUAACCUGGACCCCAGUCCAGGCAGCAGUGUCAGCACAGGGCCUGCAGCACCUGUAGCCUCCAACCCGCUUCUUGAGGCGCUGAAAAUGAAGAGUAACAAUCCUGCUAGCUCUGCACCUGCUGCUAACACAACUACAGUGUCUGCAUCAACCACACUGGAACAACCCAAGGGCUUAACCUUGAAGGUUUCGACUGCAGUGGCCCCACAGCUCCCUUCUGUUGCCCAGCCUCAGUCGUCUUCUGCUGGGAUGGAGCAGCCAUCCGCCUUUACUCAGGUGCUGAGUCAGGUCUCCAGAGCUCCAAACAGCACUCCACCCGUAGCAGGAGCAAGUCUGUUCGGAGUGCCCAGCCAGAUUGGCACCUCUACUGCUUCUUCAGCCUCUAACCUGGCCACUGCUACUACCACUACCCCAUCCAGCAAUUCAGGGUCAGCUGGUAACACCAACCCUCUGUUGGCUUCAGGGUUCAAGCCCAUCUUUGCUGUCACCACCACCACUUCUCCAGCUACAUCAACCCCAGAGAGCAAGCCCUCUCUCCAAAAUUUUAAGUCAAUUUUCGGAGAUGCCACUUCAGCUGCUGCCUUUGGACAGUGUCCAUCCAGCACAACCACCAACCCCACCUCUACAGCUUCUUCAAGUAGCACAGCCUCACUCUUUGGAUCCACAGGCAGUACCACAGUUGCUCCACCUGCCUAUCCUGGCAAGACCAACACCCCCACUGGCACAGCAUCCACAGGUUCUAUCACCACCAUGCAGCCCACAGCCCAGCCAGCUGUGACAACCCUAUUUGGAAACUGGUCAGCACCAUCCUCAACAAGUACCAGCUCAACCACAGCGCAGGCCCCUAAUACAGGGACUACAUUUCAGUUUGGAGCUGCUACCACCACUACGUCAGCUGCAGCUCCUCCCGUUGCUGCUGCUCCCGCUCCUGCUACCACAACCUCUAGCAACGGCACAUUCACAUUUGGUGCCACACAUCUAGACCCUCAAGCAGCCAGCCAGAAUAUGUUCGCCUUUGGCCAGGCAGCACCCAACCAUAACACAACCACUGCUUCAUUUGGAGGAUUUGCCAUGGCCAGCACAAGCUCCACCACUGCUGCUGCCACUACCCAGUCGACUUUCACAUUUGGAAAGUCGUCAUUUCCAACACCAGCUUCACAGUCAACAUUCGGCUCGUCAGCAACACCGGCCCCAGCGGCUCAGUCAACCUUUGGCUCGUCUGCAGCUCCGGCACCAACAGCUCAGUCAGCCUUUGGCUCGUCUGCAGCACCAGCGCCAACAGCUCAGCCAACAUUUGGCUCGUCUGCAGCACCGGCACCAAAACCCUUCACUUUUGGAGUCGGUGGAGCAUCAGCCACACCUGCCUCUAACCCAGCCCCAGCCCCUUUCGCUUUUGGGACAGCUGCUGUCACCACAACUUCCAGCUUUGGGAGCACAGCUAAACCAGCAUUUGGAGCCAGCUCCACAGGUUUUGCGUUCGGUGGCACCACGGCUCCGUCAGCUGCACCCUCAGCUCUGCCAAACUUUGGUGCUGCAGCUCAGACUCAAAGCUCCUCCUCAGGCACCUUCACAUUCGGCAGUGCAGCUCCUCAGCCGGCUCCCUCUGGCCCUGCUCAGGCAGCACCUGGUGGAUUUAACUUUGGUGCUGGUAUGCCCUGUUCCCAGUUUGGAACACCAGUCGCCAAUAAUCCUGCACCACAGAUGGGAAACUUCAACUUUGGAGCGACUGCUACUGAGAAAUCAGCCUUUGGAACUUCUACCCCAUCCUUCGGGCAGAGUGCUCCUGCAGGACCAAUUCCCUUUGGAAGUCCUGGAACUCCAGUCCAAGGCUUCAAUGCUGUUCCUUUUGGGACUCCGGCGACUCCCUCCUUCUCGAUUGGAGCCGGAUCAAAGCCGUCUGGAGCACGGCAGAGGCUGCAGGCGCGGAGGCAACACAACAGGAAAAAGUAACCUGUCCAGCACCGCUUUUCAGAGGACUUCAGCUGUUGCUGCUAUGGCUAAUCUGGUUAACGUUGCUCUCUACUAAGCCCAACUUCCCCCACCCAGGCCACCACAUUGCCCUCUGCUUCUUGCCCCUGCUCCUGUGGGUUGUGCUGGCCCGAAACAUUGUUUUUGCAGAGGAGUUAGAAAGUGCACACCAGCUUGCUGAGUUCAUGCUGCCUGGAGUACUACAUGACCCGGUGAGGGAAUGUAGCAGUGAGGAGACGGGAUCCAUAAAAAUGCACUAUACUUGAAGAAGGAGAAAAGACAGUCACAUAGUUUCAUUCUGAACAAAAGCAUAUCCAAAGUUCUCUUUCCUUUACAGUAUGUGGACACUCCCAUUGGUUUGUCUCAAGGAGAAUGUUGAGUCUGGCAAAGACGUGGAGCCUCGGCUCAAACAUUUAUUUUUUUACGUGAUGAGCUCACUGGUUUGUAUGUUACCGAAUAUUUGAGUACAUUAUCUGAAUGUGUCGGAAUAGGGGGUAGUGCACAGUUGAUUCAGAUAUGGUACACAACGCGGCAGUGUGUGUGUAAAGUAAUGAGACGUUUGCAUUUUAAAUUAUUUUUUUAAUUGGCUCUCUAAAUGAAUGAUGUGUUUCUGCACUUAAAGGGCAACUUUAGUCUUAAUGUAGGUUGUGCAGACCCUUGUGUUUUUAUUUCAUAUUCUUUGUCAUUGCAAGCAUUCCCAGAGUCCUCCUGUGGACGGCCUUUUUUUGAUAGUGAUUGCCAACACUGAUGUAAUUAGCAGGUCAGUAUUUCGUUAGGAUGACUGCUCUUGACUUGUGCUGACAACCAAAGCCAAUUCUUAAAUUUCAUGCCUGUGAAAAGAAUCUGUGAUCUUUAAUUCCUGAGAUGUGUUUGUUUGUGCCAGACUACCUCUCUUUAUUCCCGGCACUGAAUCUGUGUUCAUCCACUGAAAGAUCACGAAGAUCAAUUCGAUUUUACCUUUUAACUACUGUUAUUACAGAUUUACCUUAAUAAAUGGUGAGUCUUUGAACAUCUGCACAGCAACACAUUGUCCCCACCUCUGAAAUAUCACUGUUACAAUAGAUUUACUAGAAAUACAGAAAUAUGUCAGAGUGGAAACCCUUAUCUGCUUGUUAAUAACAGUUGCAGUCACUAUGUUGCAGGGAUUUUUGUAGUGUCCAAGGUCUUUUGUCAAGGAAAGAUGACAAUAAAUCCAUUUAUGUUGGCAGUCAGAGUUAUUUUAUCAGAAUGAGUUCUGUUAUCAGUAAUAAUCAGUGCUUAUGAAAAGUCAGCAAGUAUCUGAAGCAGUUUUUCAUCGUUAAUUUUGAAUUAAUAAAAAGUGAAUUUUGGAUUUUUGAUGUUCCAACAAAAACACAA